AAACCCCUCCUCUCGACUAUAAGUACCCACCACAAUUAUUUUACUUUCCAAAACGUGACACUCCAACCAAGCACUCCUCUUCUCUCUCUGUAAAACACCAUUCUCAUCAACCUCUACCUUCCCAAUCCUUUCCCUUCGCUUCCACAUGACACGCGCCCUCAGACUCCUCCAGUCCCAAGCGGCGCCACCUCCUGAGGCUGCCGCCGUCGAGUCCGACUUCGUCGUCAUCCUGGCGGCGCUCCUCUGCGCCCUCAUUUGCGUGGUGGGCCUCGUCGCCAUCGCGCGCUGCGCCUGGCUCCGUCGGGCAACAUCUUCCGUCGUCGGCGGUGGAUCUCCGCCGGCGCCGGCGAACAAGGGACUUAAGAAGAGAGUGGUGAAUUCAUUGCCGAAGUUUACGUACGCCGGCGAAGGUGAUCGCUGCAAGUGGUCGGAGUGCCCGAUCUGCCUUAAUGAAUUUUCCGGCGGUGACGAGGUCCGUGUGCUGCCGCAGUGCGGGCACGGGUUCCACGUGGCGUGCGUGGACACGUGGCUCUCUUCGCACUCGUCGUGCCCCUCGUGCCGCGCGCCUUUCGUAGUCGCCCGAUGCCAGAAGUGCGGCCACUUCCCGGCGGUCGCAGCCGAAUCCAGCGAACCGGAGACGAAACCCGGUGGCGGCUGCAAUGCCGAUGAUAAUCGUAAUGUAAUUGUUAACCACGGGUUUAGUAAUUACGGUUUCUUGCCAUGAAAUCCGUUCAUGUUAUAGAUAAAACACGACGUCGCUCUGGCCCAGCUUAAUGCUUAUUACUGUUGUUAUUAUUAUCAUUAGUUGAAAUUUAGGAGUAGCAUCUUCCUUUUGUAAUUUAUAAAGAGUCUGGUUUUUUGCGGGAUGAGUAAGAGUACUACCUUUUUUCUGUUUAA